ACAGCAGCCACAAAGGGGGAAGCGGUCAUAGAUCACGUUUGUUGAGUCCAAAAUGGAUACCGUUGUCUAGUUUGAAUGUAAGAACUUCUGCCUGGGAAAUUGCUUUGUGCUUCGUAAUACGUUUGGCGGUGGGAAAACAUUUGAGCGCACAGAGCAUGUUGAAAUCCAGCCCCGUUCAUUUCUACACUGUAUAACGACGAAUUUCUCCAACAUGGCUGUUCUUCAGCACGUCGUGGGGUUCCUGGACACUUGCACGAUUUUGGUGGGGUUAUUUUGCCUCCUGGUGUUGCGUUGGUUGCUGGGCCGGUCAAAGAACCUGCCUCCCGGUCCAUGGGGCUUCCCAGUCCUCGGAUCUAUCCCAGCCAUAGCCUGGGCGAUGUGGAAGGGCUUGGAGCCACACCAUCUUUUUGAGAAAUAUGCCAUGAAUUACGGGCCCGUGUUUCGUGUGAAUAUCUUCAACAAGACAGUGGUGGUCCUGAAUGACUAUGCAUCGGUGAAGGAGGCAUUCCAACAUCCCCAGCUCAGCGACAGACCCAAAAGUCUCUUCACUGAAGUGUUAAAGAUGGAAGGUGUCGCCGCAUCCUCGGGCGAAGUUUGGAUGGAACUGCGUCGAUUUUGCCUGACUGUGCUGCGGAGCUUUGGGGUGGGGAAGACAACCUUUGAGGAGCAGAUCGGCACCGAGGCCAAGGAACUAAUGAAAGAAAUGGCGGCCUACCAGGGCAAACCCUUCAACCCUAAGCCGUUACUUGGUAACGCGGUGUCUAACGUCAUCUGUUCCAUUAUCUUUGGCACGCGAUAUGAGUACACCGACCAGGAGUUUACCCAUCUUCUGGAUUUACUCAACCGAAAUGUUAAGCUGAUGGGAGCCGGAGGUGUGGCCGCGUGCAUCCCUGCUGCGCGCCAUCUUCCUUUUCUUCCUAUUGCUGAAGCUGUCUCAAAUUUUGAAGCCAUUCUCACGUUUAUAAAGGGUGUUAUCGACGACCACCGCAAAACUUUCAACGCCGAAAACUUGAAGGAUUUCACCGACGCUUACCUAAUGGAAAUCCAACACAAUCAGGGAAGAUAUGGAGACGGAAACUAUCCAGCUCGGGAGAAACCCUACGCCUCUAAAUACAUAUACAGUCGUCUGGGUGAACGUAACAUAGUCGGCACAAUUUUCGGUCUCUUUGCAGCUGGUUCUGAGACUACAGCCACAACUCUUGAGUGGUGUAUUCUGCACAUGAUGCUGCACCCUGACGUCCAGAGUCGGGUCCAGGCCGAGAUCGACGACGUGGUCGGUCGCAACCGGCUUCCCAUGAUGGCCGACGUUCCUAAGCUGAACUUCACCCGAGCGGUUAUCUGGGAGGUCCAGCGCCUGGCCAACAUCGUUCCUCUGGGCGUCCCGCAUUCUGCAGCUUCGGACACCAAUAUCCAAGGUUUCUUGAUCCCCAAGGGUGCAUUCGUUAUAUCGAACCUGUGGAUGCUGUUUCGAGACCCAAAAGUUUGGCGUGAACCUGAACAGUUCAAACCCGAGCGAUUUCUGAACGAGAGGGGAGAGGCUGUUAAGGUCGAACAACUGAUCCCGUUCAGCACCGGCAGGCGUAGCUGCAUCGGCGAGCACCUGGCCAAGAUGGAGCUCUUUCUCUUCUUCAGCUUCUUCGUGCACCAGUUCACCUUCAAGAAACCCGAUGACUCUCCUCCGCUGACGCUGAAGGGGAAGAGAGGCUUAAUGCGAGCCCCGUUUCCGUUCGACACGUGCGCCAUCCCACGAUCUUCAGAGGACUGCCAUGCUUGAACAUGUGAUAGGAGCUGCGUUAUGGGCACCUUCCAUUUUGCUUUAUCGAGGGUAAUACAGGAUAAAAGCUAGCCUGACUACACCCCCCUUCUGUUUGUCACAAGGCAGGUUUUCCUGCUGGCGUUAUAAAGCAAUGUGGUCAAAAACCGUAGCGAAUUGUUCCUUUUUAGCGUCACGAAAAGUGAUUGAUCAGGUGACAAGCGAAAUUAAAACAAAACAAAAACAAGAAGAACAAAAGAACACAUGAGUCUCGAGCUGGACCAAGAGAGGGGGCAAUUUUCACAGUAACGGUUGCUCCUUUGGUAGCAACUGAACUUCGCUGGUUCACCAACGACUAUGAAAUGCAAGCUUAACGGUCACGUUGCUACCAGCAAAAUGAAAACUCCCGACCAACAUGGCUCUUUUUAACCGAUGAGGUGUGCUUUUACUCAAAGUGGAUACAAUAUAAGCUGGCCAGGUUGAGACUACUGAGGCGUUAUUUCUGAGAAAGAGGGCAAAAGUGUCCUCAUCAGAUCGAUUGCACCUGCUAAGUCUGCACAUGACCUGUCUGCACGUGACCUGUACUGUUUAUAAACAUAGUGUUCAGGCUCCAACAGCAAAGUGUGUUACAUAUGCUAUUUACUUAAAGUCCGAUUGGUCGGUACAAUGAUGGGUCAACUGACGUGCUGGGUACUGUACUGGCAAUAGGUUUUAUUUUUUGGUAAAAAGUACUUUGCUAUGGGAGAAUGCCAUUUUUUGUUCAUAUUUUACCUACUACAUGUCACGUGAUUAAGUGGGUGCAAUCGGUCAAUUAUUGUACGUCUGCGUGCAGAGAUGAUUUUGUAAUCGUUUGGGUUUCUGCAUAUACCAAGGAACACAAAUACAACUCUGUUUGGUCUUCUAAAAAAUGUCCACAUACUUUUGUAAUAUUUUACCUGUCUUUUUUACAGCAGAAGUACACGGGAGAUUUUUAGAAUGAAACGUGGCAUUAUUUUUAUACCUGGAAUAGAAUAGAAAUGGUGCGUCUGAACUUCACUCAUAAAUAUAAAAAAUAGAUAAAUAAAAAAUGCAAAAAUUGCGUUAUCGCUGGGGAAGUUUGUGCUAAAGAGUAAAAACUGGAUGAGGUCUCUCAGAAAAAUAAUAGAACUAUUCCUACUCCCAUUUCAUUCGUCGGAAUGGAACUGUACUUUUUUUUACCGGAACUACUUACUAUGAACUCGCAAACCUUCAGGAAAAUCAGACUGUGGUCCCGUAAAUUCCAUUUCGAACGGCCAGGUUUAUAUUCCUCAUGGCUCGAGACAUGUAAAAAGAUAAUUUGAAUUUUGAAUGAGAUCCGCAUAUACUUAUAUAUAAACACUGUAAAACUCUCAUCUAAAAGAACUGUGAUCUGGAGAGCAUUAAUCCAGGAGCAAAAUGUUGACUUUCUGGAAAUUUUUAAUGUUCUUGAAAGUGUGACUUAUGACCAAAAUGACACUGAAAAAAUAGUUCUUGCAGGGAUCUGCAAUAGCUCCCCCACCCGUCCUAAAACAAAGUGUCAAGCCUUAGGACCUCCAUCUUUAGCAAAGGAAGUUAUUUUACAAGAAGUCAUUUCACAAUCGUUGGUUCUAAAAACUAGGUAAUGUAGAACAGUCACUAUUCUGAGGAGCAUAUUCGUCACUCACUCCACACGGCAUUAUAGGAUCCAGGAAAUGAAUUUUUCUUAGAAUCUCUUUUUGUGUAUCUCUGUACUCUUCUUCCAUGUAUGAAGACUG